AUGAGAAGGGAGUGGAUUGGAAGAUGGGAGAGUGAGGUAGCUAGGGUGGUCGCUAGGAACCCGGGGCGGGCCCUCGAACCGGCCGAUGCGACCGCGCGGUUCGACGCCUCUAUCAUGAACCGACACCGGUCGAGGGACCCAGCCUGGGAGCUAUCGAAGGCGAAGAGUACUCUCCUAGUGCAAGCGAGGACCGGGAAGAUUGGGCUUCGAGGGUUCCUCUUUACUAGGAGGGUCCCCGAGGUAGUAACGCCGGUAUGCCGCUGCGGUAUGGCGCGCGAGACAUUCGAACACCUCGUACUCGAAUGCAACGGAGCCGCAGAUAAACCUCAUCCCUGGCCAGACGACGGCGCAGAGCUACUGGAGUGGCUAGAUGACGUGGAGAAGGCUGCCAUAGUGGUGGGGUGGGUGCUUGGGCUGGGGAGGCUGAACGAGUUCCGGCUGGCGGUGGGUGAGCCCCUUUCCGAGGAGAUGGAUCCACGGGGUAGCGGCAAGGCCGCAGCGGAGGCUGCCACUAGACGCACACUAACGGAAUCGGACACCUUGAGAACCAGGACACCUCCAGAACUAAUUUUCCGCCCCGCACCCCACCACGUCGACUUUGGACUCGCGCACCCACAGUCCCACCUCGGUAAAAUGUCUCGGCCUUUGCAGCACGAAGAGAGGAUCCAUUUAGCCGUCAAGGCCUUCCGUUCUGGCCAAAUCCGAGUUAUUCGCAAGGCUGCAGAUGCCUUUGACGUGCCAGAAAUGGGCACGCCGAUUCUUGAACCGACACCUGGAUUUGGAGUCAAGAUACCUCCGGAAGUACGACUUCAACGAGCCUUGUGUGAGGACCCUGAGAAAGUGUUGGAGUGGCUUCAGCGAGUACAAAACACUAUCGAGUCAAACGGUAUCCUCGAUUGCGAUAUCUACAACUUCGAUGAGACUGGGUUCCAAGUGGGAGUGGCAAGCACAGCAAAGGUUGUCACUCGAUCAGAGCGGCGAAAUCGACCUGUUGUUGUUCAGCCUGGGAAUCGGGCUGAGAACGGCUGGGCGACCGAUGAGCUUACAUUCGAGUGGCUUCAGCAAGUGUUUGAGUCGCAAACUCGAAGCCGAACAGUUGGCCGGUACCGCCUCUUGAUUCUCGAUGGCCACGGGAGCCAUAUGACACCAGAGUUCGACAACUUCUGCAAAGAGAAUUCGAUCCUUAUCGAGUGCAUGCCACCCCAUUCGUCACACCUUCACCAGCCUCUCGAUGUCAGUUGCUUCUCGGUCCUCAAGCGGGUGUACGGUGACUUGGUCAGAGGAAAGAUGGCUGUUGGCAUCUACCACAUCGACAAACAACUCUUCCUUGAACUCCUCUUCGAGGCCCACACCAAGACUUUCACCUCGAAAAACAUCAAAAGUGGCUUUAAAGCAACAGGCCUUGUUCCACUAGAUCCAAGUCAAGUGCUUGCUCGGCUCCGAGUAAGAAUACGAACACCAAGCCCCCUACCUACACCUGUUCAACCAAGCUCAACGCUUCCGCUCAAGACACCAUCAAAUGUCAUUGAGCUUGACCACCUCCAGAGACAGAGGCAGCGUACAAAUGCAACAAGCCCAACAGAUAGGAAUCUGCAAAAGAUUAUCAAAGGGUGUCAGAUGGCCAUGCAUAAUGCUACUCUCUUACAAGAAGAGAACUCGCGGCUCCGAGCCGAGAACACUCGACAAAAGCAGCGACGUCAACACCGUCGACCAUUCAUCCAAACAGGAGGUUCUAUGACAAUUGGAGAGGGAGUGGCCACCUCAGAGCAUCAGAAGGUCCCAAAGGCCCAGGAAGCUCGUGUGGAGGAUCAAGAGGCGGAGGUAACAGCUGUCGAAGCGGUUGAACCAAACGUACGAAAACGCGCACCACCAAGGUGCAGUCUCUGUAAUUCAACUGAGCAUACUGCCAGGACUUGCCACUGUAAAUAG